CUCGAAGCUGCCACAUCCCGUCUCGAGGACAUUGCUACUUCGUCGGCCAACUUUGAACAGCCCAGGGGCACUGUCUCUGAUGUUGGCGCGACCCACCUCCCUGCCUCUUCGAGUGCUCCCGAACUCCCUGGUGUCGCCAAAAAUGCUACCCAACCUCCACCUCCUGCCGCGCCCACGACCCAGCCCGAUGCUCUCCCCAAGCCUAUCCAGGACAUGGACGGCUUGAUCAACGACCACGUCGCCAAGUUUGUCACAUCCGCCUCGGGCUUGGACAAGAACAUUGAGUCCCAGGCACACGCCGUCGAGCGCGCAUUCGCCGCUCAGCGCCAGUACCUCGUCGUUGCCAACAAGGCCAAGAAGCCCGACAUGACUUCGCCCGCCUUCUCCGAGCUCAUCAAGGACCUGCAGCAAGAGAUGGGCACCGUCACCGAGAUCAAGGAUUCGAACCGCGCCUCACCCUUCAAGGACCACCUCAACAUGGUCGCUGAGGGCAUGGGUGGUCUGCAGUGGGUCGUCUUCGAAGGCAAGCCUGCCGACUACGUUGCUGAGAUCCUCGGCGGUGUGCAAUUGUUCGGAAACAGAGUGCUCAAGGAGUACAAGGAGAAGGACCCCAAGCACGUCGCCUACGUCCAGUCAUACUACGCCAUCUGGAAGAGCCUCCAAUCCUACAUUCGCAAUCACUACGCCGCUGGUGUCACAUGGAAUGCUCAGGGCAUGGAUCUCGCAAAGGCUCUCAAGGAAGCAAACAACGCUCCCACUCCUUCUUCACAAUCGGCACCUGCUCCUCCCGGUGCUGCAGGCGGUCCUCCACCACCACCCCCUCCGCCGCCGCUUCCCACUUUCGACAACCCUCCCCCUCCUCCAGGUCCGCCUCCGCCUGCCAAGUCGGGCGGUGGUGACAUGGGCGCUGUUUUCGAUCAGCUGAACAGGGGCGAGUCUGUUACGUCUGGCUUGAGAAAGGUCGACAAGAGCGAGAUGACGCAUAAGAACCCUUCGCUACGCGCUGGCGCUGCCGUUACUGACCGAACAGGAAGCCAAGACAGCGUCAACCGCAGCCGUAGCAGGGGCCCCGAGCUUAAGCCCAAGCCCGAUAGCAUCCGUGGCAAGGGUAUCUCCCAGCCCACACCUAAGAAGGAUCCCAAGAAGGAACUCGACGGCAACAAGUGGAUCAUCGAGAACUUCGAGGACACCGACGCUCCAAUUGAGGUCGAGGUUUCCGUCACACAGUCCAUUCUUAUCACAAAGUGCAAAAACACCACUAUCCGUCUGAUCGGCAAGGCCAACGCCAUCAGCAUCGACAACAGUCCGCGCACGAAUCUUGUUAUCGACGAUCUCAUCUCAUCCGUCGACGUUAUCAAGUGCCCCAACUUUGGCUUGCAAGUUCUCGGCAGCCUUCCCACUGUCAUGCUUGACCAGGUCGAUGGUGCCUCCAUCUAUCUCUCUAAGGAGAGCUUGAACACUGAAAUUUACACCUCGAAAUGCGCCAGCAUCAACGUCAACCUCCCUCCUCAGACCGAACAAGACGACUACAAGGAGUGCCCUCUACCCGAGCAGUUCCGUACCUAUUUCAAGAACGGCAAGCUCGUUAGCGAGAUUGUUGAACACGCUGGU